AUGAGAGCACAGAACCUCUCUUGGAAGCGCCAUCCGACCAUUCACCAAAUCUACGGCAGUCUUCCCCGUGUUUCUUUUCUCAUACGAUCUCGUCGAGCUCAGUUAGCUGGCCAUUGCCACCGUGCCGAGUAUCAGAUCUGCAAAGGACACGCCGAAACACACAUAUCCAUAAACACACAUGUUGCUUUCUUUCUGUCUAUCGAAACUCCGUCCUUCUUUCUUUCUUUCUUUCUUUCUUUCUUUCUUUCUUUCUUUCUUUCUCAGACAAUUUAUUCAUUUAUUUCCCAUGAUCUAAUCUCAUCAAUAUCUAUCUAUCUAUCUAUCUAUCUAUCUAUCUAUCUAUCUAUCUAUCUAUGUCCAGAUCUAUCUCCAUGUCAUUUCUUUUUAUCUAUCUAUCUAUCUAUCUAUCUAUCUAUCUAUGUCCAGAUCUAUCUCCAUGUCAUUUCUUUUUAUCUAUCUAUCUAUCUAUCUAUCUAUCUAUCUAUCUAUCUAUCUAUCUAUCUAUCUAUCUAUCUAUCUAUCUAUCUAUCUAUCUAUCUAUCUAUCUAUCUAUCUCAUUUAUUUAUUUCUAUCUAUCUAUCUAUCUAUCUAUCUAUCUAUCUAUCUAUCUCAUUUAUUUAUUUCUAUCUAUCUAUCUAUCUAUCUAUCUAUCUAUCUAUCUAUCUAUCUCAUUUAUUUAUUUCUAUCUAUCUAUCUAUCUAUCUAUUUUCUUGUACACAUGCGCAUAUCCACACGUACACUAACCGUUCCUUAAAUAUAUCUGUUGUAGGAUACCUACGGAAGAUAUAG